AUGGGACUCUCUCUCUCUCUCUCUCUCUCUCUCUCUCUCGCUCUCUCUCACGUGCCUGUAUAUGCAAAUGCACUGUACUCAAAGAGGAUUUCAUCCCUUCUCUAAAUCCGAGCACCCACGGCAAAUCUGCGGUCAUGGCCUCAUCCGAGGAGAAUUUACUGUCACUUGUUCAUCUGAAUGGCACAGAUGUAAACAACAUUUUUAGAACUCUCAGAGGUAAUAUUCACCAAAGAAGUCGAAUGAUGGGUCUGCAACAACGCUGGCAGGAGCUGAAGAACAGAGAGAGUGCUGCCCGACAUCACAACCAGCAGCUGCUGCAGCAGUUUAACAGGGCUCAAGACACACUAAGAGAGAUGAUGGCCACCACCGCUGCCAUGAAGACGAUUCGGAUGGAGUAUGAGCUGUUUCUGGAAGGGAGCUAUCCCUACAGGCAGAAGCAAGUCAAAGAGAAAGCACAACUUUAUCACAGGAAGAGGAUAGAAGACUAUUCAAAGAUGUGUUUGAAUAGAGAAGAAGAAAAAGCGUCGUCGUCUUCUCUUGGAAAACCUUUACGUUCACAUUGUUAUAGUGGACAGACACAGAAAGAUGCUGCUACACAAGCAUACAAUUGCCAUGGGGGUUCUUGUCCUCCCUACAUGGACUGGCUUUCUUCUCAUUCCUAUUCAGACCGGACUGCCACAGCUUCCGUAUUCCCUCCAACUUUACUUCCAUGUCCUCAGAGUUUCCAGCUCCAGCACCUCAUUACCACUCCAUCACACCUCCAAUGCAAGCCCAGUCAAAACGCAUCAAGUGGGACUCGCAGUCAGGCCAAGAGCCCCCAGUCAUCUGCGGUGUCUGAUGGGGAAGACACCGAAAUAAGAAGAAAGAGUAGUCAUUUAACCCAGGAGCUGGAUUAUAAACCAGUCCGCCUGUCCAGUUACCGUGUUGAAAAUGGAGAGAGCAGCAGCACAGAGUCCAGACAGGUGAAGAGUAAGAAGAAGAGGAGGAAAACAAACACCUCAUCGGACAGAGACAGAAGCAGCUCAAGGGAAUCAUCAAAGAGUUACGCAGCUGCAGUGGCACAGACAUCUGAGAGCGAAGCCUCGUCAUACACAGGAAGCACCAGCAGGAGCAUGAGGAGGAACAUAGAUAGACUCGUCCCUGGAUUACCGCUGAAGGCAAAGAAUGAAACUGCAGACGAAGAAAGGCAAAGGAGUCGUUCUUUCAGUGAAUCCCAUAGUGAAGAUACGGCAAGUCAGAGUCCUUUGAACCAAUCAGAGAGCAGCAUUGGGCACAGUUCACCAUCCCAGUCAGACGAGUCAAGUGGUGGAAGUGACAUAGCUGUGAAAGGGAAAGAUAAUGAAGUGGAAGAGGCAGAGAGCAAAAGUGUUGGAAGUGAAGAAGAGAGCAACAUGGAGGAGGACAGUGAAGAUGAAGCAAUAUCAUCAGAGGAUGCGAGGGACAACAAACCAGAUAAAGACCAAGGAUGUGACAACAUCUCAGACAAGCUGAGCAGUGAGAAUAAGAAACAGGAUUUGGGUUUGUCCCAGGAUGAACAUGAAGACGAGGACGAGGGGGAUUAUGAGGAGGGAGAUGAGUUGGAUGCAGAAGAGCAAAACAGUGAAGCAGAAGAGGAAAAUGCAGAACAUGAGUUACGUGCGGAAGUGGAAAGUGGUGAGGCAGAAGAGGAAGAUGCAGAUGACAUCAUUUCACCCCAGCAGAGAAAACCCAGGGUGCACUUUACGCCACAAAAGGGUUCUGACAAUGACGGCAAGGUGGUAAGCAGAAUCGGAACUUCUGAGGACUCAAGUGAACUCGGCGAUGAUGACAUUGAGGAUCUCCUUGCACCUCAACCUCAGACGACCAUAAGAAGAAACGAACAUGAAGCAGUCAAGGAACCCAAAGGCACCACUACCACAGUGGUUUGCAACGUGGGAAUUUUCCAAGUUGACCAGCAAUGCGACUCAGAUGAGUCUGACAAUUUUUAUGACUGACUACUAUUUAUUAUAAACCUAACUACCUCAUACUACUACAAGGAGUACAGGUACUUAAGUAUGGGAAUCCCCUUUUGUUCCUGUGGAAGGAAAUGGCAUCAGUCAUUUUUUUUUUGUUUGUUUGCAUUGAAAUUCUGAAGUUGUCCAGUGGGAAUUUUAAAGAGAUUUCAAUCUGUGAGAAUAGAAACUUGAAUUUCCUGUACUUUGAAAUAACAUGCUGAUUGGACAAGCGUGUGGAUAUUGCAACAUUAGCUACUUUGCCUAUGUUUUCGGUAGUUUAUAGUGCUACACGAAAAUAUUCACAUUCCUUUUCCUUUGUUUUCCACAUUUUGCUAUGUGAGAGUUUAAGAAAACUAUAAAAUAUCGCACAAUGACAAGGUAAAAACCUUUUCAGAUAUUUGUGUACAUUUAUAAAAAAACGUAAACAUUCAAACAAUAUGUACCGAAGUAUUCACACCCUAUACUAUGACACAUUGCAGUAUUUGGAAUGGCACACAACUGCAUAUAAAAAGGUCUCAGUUGGCAGCACAGAGAGCAGAAACCAAUUAAGUUUAAGGAAGUGUCUGCAGACCUCCCAGAUCGUAUUGUGUUAAGGCACAAAUCUGGGGAAGGAUACAAACAAAUUUCAGCACCAUUGAAAGUCUUGAAGAACACUGUGGUCUUGAUUAUUCAAAAAUAAAACACGUUUGGAACCACUGGGACCCUUCCUAUAUUUGGCAAUUCGACCAAGCUGAGUAACCGGGGGAAAAGGGCUUUGGUUCCUUUGAGAACUACCAUUUCAUUUCCACAUCACGUUCCAACUAUAUUUAAUUGAACACACUACAAAGAUGGGAUAUUUAAUUUUCAAACUGAAAGUUUGUUUUCAGCAAAUAGUCAUUAACUCUUGAGUUUUUGGGGCUGCAACACGUUCCAAAAAGGCUGGGACAGGUUUAAAAAUAGAGAUGAAAGUGGACUUUCGUGAAAAUGCCUGAAAAUACAAAUGUGAGUACUAGGGGAUCCGGGGACAUCCGCCCCCGUGAAAUUUUUGAAAAAAAUUGAUGGCUGUAGUGCAUUCUGGUGAUAUCUGUUAACAAAAUUCAAACAAAAAUUGAAACUAAAAUUUCAAAGU